AUGAGGGCACGAGGGACCCGCUACCAGACGGGGAGUACCCCUUCUAUGUCCUCAUUGAGACGUCUGGCAGCAACCCCGAGCACGACCGGUGGGGUGAAGCUAGACGCGUUUCUGGAGGGCGUGAUGGAGGAUGGCGCCGUGGAGGACGGCACCGUUGCUCAUGACUCCACGCAGGCCGCUGCCAUCUGGCACCUUCGCGAGCCCGUUUCUCCUUCCACUCCUACUCACACAUUCACACAGCCGUGCUCUCUCUGCCUCCUCUCCCACCCUACCUCACAGCAACACCCCCUCCAUGCCCCCCUCUUCCGUCCCAUCCCCCCCUCCCCCCACCCCGUCCUCCAUGUGUGUGGCGAGCAGGGCGUGGCGAACGCACUGCAGCGUGCAGGAGCAGUGUACAAGUACGACUUGUGGGUGCCUGUCUCACAGCUCUACACGCUAACCAUGCCCUCCCCGCCCCACCACCCCCCUUUCCCCUGCUGCCCUCCUCCCCCCCCAUCAGGGAGUGGCAGAGGCGCUGCAGAGGGCUGGGCGGAGUACAAGUACGACCUGUGGGUGCGUGUCUCACAGCUCUACGGCCCCACCAUCUCCCCCCAUUCCCUCUUCCCCCCUCCCGUGUAUGCUGGAGUGGCGGAGGCACUGCAGCGAGCAGGAGCGGUGUACAAGUAUGAUCUGUCGGUGCCCGUCUCACAGCUCUACGCGCUCGUUGACGAGAUGCGCUCCCGCCUAGAGGGCAGUGCAGCGCAGGUGGUGGGGUAUGGGCAUCUGGGCGAUGGCAAUCUGCACCUCAACAUCUCCGCUCCCACGUAUGACGACAAGUCAAGCAACAGCUCCAGUGCUGAGAAUGCGGUCCCAGCAAGGCCAUUUCACGCGCCCAAGAGUGUGGCCAUGUCCCAUGUGCUCGAUCCUCUUCUGCACGCAUCUCCUCACUCACUCCGUUCUUUCCCAUCCCACCUCCAUUGUGCAUGUGUGCUCUCAUGUGUCCUCUCACGUGUGCGUGCUGGCAUGGCCACCACCCUUCCCGAGCAGUUGUUGGAGCGGAUAGAGCCGUUCGUGUACGAGUGGGUGGCGGGGCGGCAGGGCAGUGUGAGUGCGGAGCACGGGCUGGGGCUCAUGAAGGCCAACGCCAUCCACUACAGCAAGGACCCCCAAGCGGUGGCGGUGAUGAAGAGGGUGAAGGCCCUCUUUGACCCCAACGGCAUCCUCAACCCCUACAAGCUGCUGCCCUCCUCCUGA